GUCAGCGCUCUCGCUGCCGCUGCUGCCCACGAGAAACCCGCGUCAUCGGGGCAAGUCUCGCCCGGAGCGGUUGCGCCGGUGCCGACGGCCGCCACUGGGCGGGCGAUGCGAGUGGCAGUUGUUGCCGCCGUCGCCUCCCACGGCACCGAUAAGGGCAACGGCGAGCGCGGCAAAGGGAGCGGCGGCCGGGCGGUCCCCAGCAGGGUAGUUUCGCGUAGGCGAACGUUCGGUGCCAGCGGCGGGGGCACCGCCGCCGCCGCCGGAGCGGGGGGGGAACUGCGAGGGUUCGACGCCGCCCCGUACCAAUCAACCGUCCAUUUUCGAGAUAGAUGAUACUCCGUUGUGGUGAUCACACCGUUUUUUCAUCAGUGUCGACACCGGCCGGAGGCAGUACACGACCAGUCGGCCAACCGCAAGGGAAACAGGACUACUUUUGUCGCUGCCUGCUGGACGUCGGCCAACCAUCUACAAUCCAUCCGCCUGCUGCCUGGCGGAAGAAUCUAGCCCUCUGCCGCUGUCUCCGCCGUGGCUUUGAGCGUCUCGAUGAGUGCUCUUCUCGCGAAGAGUUUGCAAGCGAGCGAAGGAGAGGUUCUCCCCUUGGGCUCUCCACAUGCACUGAGAGCACAACAUUUGGCACGGGCCCAUACAUGUUAAAGAAAAAGAGGCUCACAUUUUCACGAAAACGGGUAACGAAACAUACCUCACCGGUGGACCCUGAGUUGAAUAAAGUACAGAGUAAGUCGCUGUUGCUCUGUCUGUCGUAGCCAAACAAUAAACGACAAGAGGGUU